AUGUCACAAAACUCAGGACCAUUUCUUGUUUCCUCUCAUGGUCAUCCAGGCUUUAAUCCUCGACCACCACCACCACCGCCGCCACCACAGCCACCCUCAUCAUCGGGACCAUCAAAACGAAUAAGUAAUGGUCUUAUGACUGGUUCUAGUCCAGGGAACCCAUCGAUGGGUCCAAAUAUGGGUCUUACAUCAUCACCAUCACCUAUGCGAUCAGCUGGUUCAAUGGGUCCAAUGAAGCCUGGUAGUAUGGGCAUGAGCCCGAUGGAUAAAUCAAAUUCAAUGUCUUAUUCAAAUCGUUAUAGUCGUAAACCUUGGCCUAUGUCACGUAGUAUUCAUGACAAAAAUAUUCGUGGUCAUGAUGAUCAUGAAGCACCAUAUCUUCGUCCAAACAUUCCGGGUCACCCUGGUCCUAUGGAAAAUAUGAAUAAUUCAUCAUUUACCAUCGAACCAUCAACAGACGAUGACGAAUCUGAUGAUAUCUAUUUUUCAUCGCGUCAUAUAGCUGCUGCACGUUUUCAACGUAAUCAACGUUUAUUAUGUGAAAUAUUCAAUGAAGUAUGCAUACCUGAUUUACGAUCGAAUGUCAAUGUUGAUCGUAUAUUAACACUACGUCGGCAAGUUGAUGCGCUUAAAACACAUCGUGAAACAUUUGAAAAAGAUUUAAAUGAAUUAGAAGACAAACAUACAGAGAAAAAACGUAAAUUCUUAGAUGCGAAUGAAAAAUUUCAUAAUGAAUAUGUUGACGCUUCAACAAAUAAUUUAAGUCGAGAAAAAAUUAAUGAAAUCCUACAAAAAUAUGAAGCAAUGGAGAAAUUACAAAAAGAAAAACAAUUACUUCUUCAACAACAACAGCAACAACAAUUAGCUGCUGCUCCACCACCGCCUUCAUCGCAAACAUCAACAACUAUGGUACCACCACCGAUUGUUGCUCCACCAAUGAAAGUUGAAUUAACAUCUACUGUUGAAGUAUCACAACAACAAAUCGUACCACCACCACCACCUGUACCAACUGCAAUAUCAGCUUCACAUCCACCUGUACCUCCAGUUCAAAUACCAUCUCAACCUGUAUCGGUUCAAUUACCACCAGUACAAUCUGUGCAACCAACUCAAAUACCACCACAACCUGUACCAAUUCAAAUGCCGUCACAACCUGUACCAUCAACUCAAAUACCACCUCAGCCUGCACCAUCAGCUCAAAUACCGCCUCAACCUAUACCAAUUCAAAUGCAAACACAAUCUGUACCAAUUCAAAUGCAACAUCAGCCAGUACUAACUCCAAUACCUCCUAUACCAUCAGCACAACAUAUACCAACACAACCUGUACAAUCACCAAUGGUACCACCUCAAUCUGCACAAUCUCAUCUACCACCAGGAGCUGCCAUGCAACAAUUACCACCACCUCAACAAGUUCCACCUCCUCAACAGCAGCAACAACAGCCGUCACCUCAUCAAGGUUAUCCAAUGAUGCAUCAAAGUGGUGGUUAUCCUCAAGCACCUGCCUAUGGUCAUCCUCAACAAUAUCGACCACCAUUGAAUCAACGUCCAUCUCAAUAUCCACCGAAUGUUCAAUGGCAGCAGCAACAACAGCCACCACCACCACCUCAGCAGCAACAGCAGCAGCAACAACAACAACAGUGGCAACCUAAUGCAUAUGAUCCUCGAUAUUACAAUCCAUAUCCUCCUAAUGUUCAAUGGCAACAGCAGCAGCAACAACAAUGGCCACCAAAUCAACCUCCACCUCAACAACAAAUGGGUAUGGUUCCACCUCAACAACAACAAAUGGGCAUGGUUCCUCAACAACAAGGACCACCACCACAAAUGCGUCCCCCUCCUCAACAACAGCAGGGGCCACCACCGCAAAUGUAUGUCAAUGGUGGUAAUUAUGGUUAUGGUGGUGGUCCUGUUGGUUGGAAUGGUGGUCCACCACCUCCUCAGCAUCCAUCACAACAGUAUGGUUAUCCACAAAAUCCAUCAUAUGAUCCAUCGGGUGUUCAAGGUCCUCCUCCUCCUCAACAACAACAACAACAAUAUUAUCCACCACCACAAGGUUAUGAUUAUGGCCCACCACCUCAACAACAAGGACCACCUCCUCCUCAACAGCAGCAACCUCCACAAAUGAACUAG